CCGAGAGCACCGCUAACAGGCUGCAACUCGACUGGUUUGUCAACAAAACAAACAUUUUGCUAUUUCAUCGCAAGCUGGACUGUCGUGUUGGGUCGUGUGAUCACUCGAGCGGUUGUGGAAUCGGAUUCGAGUGGAAAACUCCGUUCACGCCGGGCUGCAAGCUAUUGCGAGUGGAAAAGAGUGGUAGCGUGUUUGGGUAGACAGUGGCAUUGUGUAGUUAAAUCCGUGAAUAAGAAUAUAUGUAUGUACUGAGUUCGAAAACCUUUUCGCCGUCAGCACAACGUGAAAACGAGAAAGCAGCAGUGGAGUUUUUGUGGCGGGUCGUCUCGCUCGCACCGCAAAGGUCGUUUGUGGCUGCGUGUGUGGUUGUGUGAAAGAGGCGGCGAGGCGAGUGUGGACACUAUCGACGCCAGCAGUGCACAAAAGCAGUGAUUGAGAUUAAAAGCUGCAGCAGCGAACCAAAUCAAAUGCUAAUUCCGGCUAAGUUAAAGAACAACGAAUGACUGGGGCGCGCGCAAUAAGAUAAAAUUGAAGGUUAUUCUGUGUGUGUGUGUGUGUGUGUGUAAGUGAGAGAGAGAGGCCCGUGUGCCAAUGUGUGCGAGCGUUCCAUUGUAAACAAAAAAGCAAGUGUUUCGAGUGAGGAGGGAAAAGGGAAAGAGAGAAUAAACUGGCGAGAGAAAAAGAGAGUGCGCACGCUCGCUGGCCGGGCACGAAGAAAGCAGCGCACAAAGCGAACGCUAAAAAUGUCAAUAAACUCUGCGAAAGGUGAGGAAAACGCAACAAGAGAGCCGCAGUCGUGUAAAAUAAAACCCAAGACUCAAAAAAGCAGCGAAAAGAGGCAAGUCCAGAGCAGAACUCGUGCAUGUGGGAGUGCUCAAAGUGUUGGUGUGACUGUGUGAAAGAGAAGAGUGCGAGUGUUGGUUCUGAUUGGACAGUGGGUGCAGAAAAGUCUUUCUGGUUUCAAUUCGCUUGCAACAGUUUCCGCGUUUUAAGCUCCAACAAGUUUCGUGGAUUUUUCGCGGCUGCAUUUUGUUUAUUUUAUUGUCAAUACGCUGCCUUCCUUGCUCGCUCGUUACCCCAUACGAAUGUGCCUGCCGCGCCGCUGGAUGAGUAAAUUACCGUUAAUAAUUCACAGGUGAAAAUCCGAUAUUGUCGUGCAAUAAUUUUCCCGAUUGCCAUCGAGUGGCUUCCAGUCGGGCACAUAAUGCAUAAGAAAUGUUAUACGCAAAAUGUGCAAGAAAAUUAAACAAAUUCCCAGCGAAAAUGUGACAAACUAGAAUGUGAGUCGACAAAACGAGUACAACGUGAACUCCCAACAGCUUUUGGGCGACCAAUCUUAUCAAUACAGCAACGGAAAUACAUAAAAAUCUUGAUAGACUGAGAAAGGGACAAUUGGAAUACCUUAACUUAUUUUUAAAUGUUUUACAACACAAUGGAACUGCAUCAGCGACACCUCUCAAACUUUUACAAAUUGCACAUCUGAAAAUAGACUUUGAUAAAUAUAUAAAAUAUAAAAAAUUGCUACUGAAACAAGAUGCCAAACAUGUCUAGCACCAAAGCGGAGCAACAAAGUGGUCCUAUUGGAGGUAGUAGCGGCUAUCAAGUACCGGUCAACAUGUGCACCACCACAGUGGGGAAUACGACGACCAUUUUGGGGAGCUCCGCUGGAGGAGCCACUGGAUCCCGGCACAACGUGUCCGUGACAAACAUCAAGUGCGAGCUAGACGAACUACCGUCACCAAACGGAAACAUGGUGCCGGUUAUCGCAAACUACGUUCACGGUAGCUUGCGCAUUCCACUCAGUGGACAAUCAAUUCAUAGGGAGUCCGACUCGGAGGAGGAACUAGCGAGUAUAGAAAACUUGAAGGUUCGGCGACGGACGGCGGUGGACAAAAAUGGUCCUCGCCCAAUGUCCUGGGAGGGCGAGCUGAGCGAUGCUGAGGCUAACGGGGUCGAGGAGCUGAUGGAAAUGGAGCCAACAAUUAAGAGCGAGGUGGUCACAGCUGUAGCACCCCCACAGCUCGUCUGCGCCCUACAACCGAUAAAAACAGAGCUAGAGAACAUUGCAGGCGAGAUGCAGCUUCAGGAGAAGUGUUACCCCCUGUCCAAGACACAACAUCACGCUGCCACAAAAUUAAAACUUGCCCCUACGCAAAGUGACCCAAUCAAUCUCAAGUUCGAGCCACCUCUGGCAGAUAACUCCCCGCUCCUGGCUGCACGUAGUAAGUCCAGCAGUGGAGGCCAUUUACCACUGCCAACGAAUCCCAGUCCCGACUCCGCCAUACAUUCCGUCUAUACGCACAGCUCCCCCUCGCAGUCGCCUCUGACUUCUCGCCACGCCCCCUACACUCCGUCUCUGAGCCGCAACAACAGCGACGCCUCGCACAGUAGCUGCUACAGCUAUAGCUCCGAGUUUAGUCCCACACACUCGCCCAUUCAAGCGCGUCAUGCCCCACCCACCGGUACACUCUAUGGGAACCACCAUGGUCUUUACCGCCAGAUGAAGGCGGAAGCCUCAUCCACUGUGGCAUCCAGUGGACAGGAGGCGCAGAACUUAAGUAUGGACUCUUCCUCUAGCAUCUUGGACGCAGUGGGCUUAGGAUCUUCGCACCCCGCAUCUCCGGCGGGCAUAUCACGUCAGCAGUUAAUCAACUCGCCCUGCCCCAUUUGCGGCGACAAGAUCAGCGGAUUCCAUUACGGGAUUUUCUCCUGCGAGUCCUGCAAGGGCUUUUUCAAGCGCACCGUCCAAAAUCGCAAGAACUACGUGUGCGUGCGUGGAGGACCAUGUCAGGUCAGCAUUUCCACUCGCAAGAAAUGUCCCGCCUGCCGCUUUGAGAAGUGUCUGCAGAAGGGAAUGAAGCUAGAAGCGAUUCGGGAGGAUCGAACCCGUGGUGGCCGCUCCACAUACCAGUGCUCCUACACGUUACCCAACUCAAUGCUAAGUCCGCUGCUUAGUCCCGAUCAAGCGGCAGCAGCUGCCGCCGCCGCAGCUGUGGCAAGUCAGCAGCAACCGCACCAGCGACUGCAUCAACUAAACGGCUUUGGAGGUGUACCCAUUUCCGGCUCUACUUCUCUUCCAGCCAGUCCUAGCCUGGGAGGAACUUCGGUCAAGUCGGAAGAAAUGACGGAGAAGGGAAAGCACAGUCUCCGAACGGGAAGCGUACCACCACUACUGCAGGAAAUCAUGGAUGUGGAGCAUCUGUGGCAGUACACCGAUGCUGAGCUGGCCCGCAUCAACCAACCACUGUCCGCAUUCGCCUCUGGCAGCUCUUCUUCAUCGUCAUCGUCAGCCACAUCCUCGGGCGCCCAUGCACAACUUACCAAUCCACUACUGGCUAGUGCUGGACUCUCGUCCAAUGGCGAGAACGCCAACCCUGAUCUAAUCGCCCAUCUCUGCAACGUGGCUGAUCACCGUCUUUAUAAGAUCGUCAAAUGGUGCAAGAGUUUGCCGCUUUUUAAGAACAUUUCGAUUGAUGACCAAAUCUGCUUGCUUAUUAAUUCGUGGUGCGAGCUGUUGCUCUUCUCCUGUUGUUUUAGAUCAAUUGAUACCCCCGGAGAGAUUAAAAUGUCACAAGGCAGAAAGAUAACCCUAUCCCAGGCCAAAUCAAAUGGCUUGCAUACCUGCAUUGAACGAAUGCUUAACCUAACAGAUCACCUGAGGCGGUUGCGCGUUGAUCGCUACGAAUAUGUUGCCAUGAAAGUUAUUGUGCUGUUGCAGUCAGAUACGACAGAGUUACAGGAGGCGGUAAAGGUGCGCGAGUGUCAGGAAAAGGCAUUGCAGAGCUUGCAAGCUUACACCCUGGCACAUUAUCCCGACACGCCGUCAAAGUUUGGGGAGCUCCUGCUACGCAUUCCUGAUUUGCAAAGAACGUGUCAGCGUGUCAAAUAGGCAAAGUUUAGGUAUAGUAUAUAUUUAUUAUUGAAAAUAAAGUUUUGUAGCAGAUAGACAUAAAAUGAUAAAAAUGCUUUGAACGGAGAAUCGGAUUUAAACAAAUGACGUGUCAAUCAAGGCGCAUUUUUAACUAGAACUUUUAAAUUUUUUUUGUGGGUGAUUAUACCAACUACCACCCCCAUCAGCUCCAAUUUAAACUUUCACCUUAUCUUCUGAACCAUAUAUUCUUUUCAAAGUCUUUCGAUUGGUGUAUCACUCGUUAUGAACGGACAAAUACAUGAGAUUUCCAUUUCUUUUUGUACUAUAUAACAUUCAUAUCGUCACUACGUGGACUGCCGUCCACAGUGAUAUGUGAGUAUUAUUACCACAUGUCUAAUAAUUUGUUUCUCAACAGCUUGGCAAGGAGAUGUUAACGAUCAAGACUCGCGAUGGAGCUGAUUUUAAUUUGUUAAUGGAGCUUUUGCGCGGAGAGCAUUGACAAUUGAUUACUAAGACGGAAAUCUUCUACCAUUGGCAAAAUAAGUUUAACAUGUUUAGUAUUAGAUAUAUAUAUUUUAGAGAUAAUAUCCUUACUGUAAGUUCUGAAAACAUGUGCCUAAAAACCAAAGCCACGAUAGCAGUCACAUCAGGCCCACUGGUCGAGAUUGAAUCCAAGAGCAAGAUUGCCAAAUUUUUACACCAAUAUAUAUUUUGAUAUGAGCCAUGUGCAGGGCCCCCAAUGGCUGUUGUUGUCGGCUAAAGUUUCAGUAAGAAAAGUAUAUAGUAUAUAGUAGAUUUUAUACAUAUAUGACUUAUGUAUAGUGUAAACUAAAGCACACAUGGAAAAUGAAAAGACUAAACAAAUUUAUUUAAAAAUAACUUGUACUAUUAAAGAAGAAGAAAAACAAAAAACUCAAAGGCAGAGAAGGAAAUUUACUUAGAGCAGGAGCCACAUUUUUAUAUUUUCUUAUAUAAAAAUAUUUUCAAUGUAUUUUAAAUAAAAUGCCGAAACCAAUUCAAUUUGAUGAA